CCACUAGCUAGUCAUUGUUUAAUGUGCCUCUCCUCAAUCAUUCUCAAUAAUUGGAAAAUCUACAGGGAAUGAAAUUUACAUAUCUAAAUCUUUAGAGAUCCACCAGAGAAAACUCAUGGAGAUGACCGAAGCUUCCAAACAUACAACAACACAUGAAGAAUCAGAACAUGUUCAGAAUCCUGAACCAGACCAAGUCUUGAGCCAAAGACAACUGUUGCAGCUAAAUCAAAAGAAAUGGUGGAUCUCUGUUCUAAUAUGUCUUUUCUUAGUCCUGCUUGGAGAUUCUCUUGUCAUACUUCUCUUGAACUUCUUCUAUGUUCAAGACCGUCGAGAAGAUAAUAACCAAGAUCUACAAUACAAAGGAACAUGGAUGCAAGCUCUGAUCCAAAACGCUGCUUUUCCAAUCCUCAUCCCUCUCUUCUUCAUUUUCCCUUCACCAAAACCAAACCCUGAAACCAUCAAUACUCGCUUCCUCUCCAUUCGUCUCAUCUUGCUUUACUUCUCCCUUGGUGUUCUUGUUGCUGCUCACAGCAAAUUGUAUGCACUUGGGAAGUUAUACUCAAGCUAUGGCUUCUUCAUGCUGAUUUCAGGGUCCCAGUUGAUCUUUACCUUGAUUUUCACAGCUAUCAUUAACCGUUUCAAGUUUACUAGAUGGAUCAUCAUAUCGAUAGUUCUCAUUCUUGUGAGCUAUGCUUUUGGUGGUCCUGUAUUUUCAGGAGAGCCUGAUGAAAAUGAACAUUUCUACGGCAUCCAAGCUUGGUUAACUUUCGCUGCUUCAGUUGCUUUCGCAUUAUCUCUCUGUUUAGUCCAACUUAGUUUCGAGAAACUGUUGGUGAAGACAAAGAGAUAUGGUAACAAGAAAGUGUUUAGAAUGGUCUUAGAGAUGCAAAUAUGUGUCUCUUCUGUCGCCUCGGUUGUUUGUCUAGUUGGUUUGUUUGCGAGUGGUGAGUAUAAGGAGCUGAAAGGCGAUAGCGAGAGGUUUAAGAAAGGAGAAACGUAUUACGUUCUGAGUUUGGUCGGGUUGGCUUUGUCGUGGCAGGUUUGGGCGGUCGGGCUGAUAGGUUUGGUGCUUUAUGUUUCGAGUGUUUUUAGUAAUAUUGUUCAUAUGUGUGCUUCACCACUUAUGGCUUUUAUUGUUGUGUUGGCAUUUGAUUUUAUCGAUGAUGAUUUUAGUUGGCCUAGAAUUGGUGCUUUGAUAGGAUCAGUAUUGGCUUUAGGAUCUUACUUCUACACUCUGCACAAAAGAAACAAGAAGAAGAUGGUGGAAUUUAACCAAAGUGAGAACAAUGUAGAAGUUUAGUCUCUCAUGUCAACUGUAUAUUUGUGUUUCUCAAUCUGUUCUUGUUUCUUUUUCUGAUUCUUGUAAGUCAAUGUCCAAAAUAUGUUGUAUAGAUAUGGAUCAACUGUGUAAUUUAUUUGUUGAUUGUUUUAGUUUGAUUUUUUUUUCUCUGUUUUGCAUUUAUUUGUAAUUUUAAAUGUUUUAAGUCUGAAACUAUAAAAUUUAUAACCUCCAAAAUAUUAAUUUUAUUUUGAUCAAA